AUGACUUUUAUGGCUACGAAUUUGAGAAACCCAAUCAUUUUGGCGAAAAUAGAGGAAGAGAUUGAGAUGAAAACGGGUAGAAGAGAUGGGGCAAGUCCGCCCGGACAUCAAGGAGUGAUUGCUGAUGGAGAGGACACACUCACAUUGCAUGGAUACAAGAGAACAACGCCUAGAAUGGCCUUAUACUAUCUUUGUGUGGUGUGCACAUUAGGAUUGUACCGAGUGGUACUCCAUUGGCGGCAACAAUGGAGAGCAAAAGCUUUAGGAAUCUCUUGUUGUCUUGAUGAAGCUGAUAUGGUUUUGAUCAAAAAUGAUGACCAAGAGAUUCAUUUCCGAGUAGUGACCACUGAACGAUCGGAUGGAGACAGCAAAUUGCCUGAUGGUCAUGGAGGAUUGAAAACGGUAUCCGGAAUUCGUUGGUUCUCCUAUCGAAAAAUGCGUUAUUAUUGGAUUGAGACACAGAAAAAGUUCAUGGCUCCGUCACAGAUUGAUCAAAGUGUAGCAUUCUGUGAAUAUCAAGCAAUCAGUGAUCGACAAGGACUUGAUGAAGAAGUGGUAGUGAAUAAGAGGAAAAUCUAUGGUUCCAAUGAGAUUGUGAUCCCGAAAAAGAGCGCUUUCGAGAUUAUUCUCCGAGAAGCGAUCAGUCCAUUUUGUCUCUUUCAAGCCUUUAGUGUCACUGUGUGGAUGAAUGACGAUUAUCAUCUGUUCGCCUGUGUCAUCGUCUUCUUAACUCUUCUUGGAAUUUUCACAACUUACAGAGAAGUCCGAAAAUGUGAGAACCGCCUUCGAGAAAUGGCUGCUCAACAUGGAGGUGGUGAGGUAGAAGUGAUGAGAGGAGGGGUCAUCAAAAUGAUCAAAAACGCUGAGGUUGUUCCGGGAGAUCUUGUCUUGGUUCCACAACACGGCUGUACGUUGUCUUGUGAUUUGGUGUUGCUAACAGGGCAAGUGAUCUGCAAUGAGAGUAUGCUCACUGGAGAAAGUGUACCGGUUACAAAGGCUGCUCUUCCAUCACAUGAGGAAAAUGGAGAACUCGUAACAGAUGUGCUGAUUGCUGGGAAACAUGACAAGCAUAUCCUCUACGGUGGAACAGAAGUCCUUCAAACUCGAUAUUAUGCCGGGAAACGGGUCAAGGCAAUUGUGCUGCGUACGGGCUUUGCGACUUCAAAGGGGCAACUUGUCAGGAGUAUCAUGUAUCCAAAAGCUCCUGAUUUUGAGUUUACAAAGGAUCUUCUCAAAUUCGUUGGUUUCCUCUUUGGAGUGGCUUGUUGCGGAAUGGCCUACACAAUUGUUUUGAUGACAAUGAGAGGGGAAACAGUGAGAAGAUGCAUUGUGAGAGCGCUCGACAUUGUCACCAUUGUCGUUCCACCAGCUCUCCCAGCUGCUAUGGCCUCUUGCUAUGUGAAAUCUCAAAAGAACCUUGAAGAUAAACAAAUUUUCUGUGUUGCACCGAGCAAAAUUGCUAUUUGUGGAGCAAUCAACGUGGUCUGCUUUGAUAAAACGGGUACUUUGACAGAAGACGGGUUAGACUUUCUACUCAUUCGACCGGUUGAUAUUGUAACGCAAGAUGACGGCUCUUUGGGAGCUCAUUUCACAGAAGAAUGCUACAAUGUGGACCCAAAUUCGUUACCGCAAGAUGGAGAAAUGGCUGCUGGAAUUGCAACUUGUCAUUCACUUACUAGAAUUGGUGGCAAGCUUUUGGGUGAUCCGAUUGAUUUACUUCUUUUUGAGUCAACUGCUUGGGAGUUUCACGAACCAACUUCUCCAGAAAUUUCAGCAAAGGAGAUUUCUGAAAACGAUCUCUAUGACCUGGUGCAACCGAGUGUCAUGCGGCCACCAGUCGGCGAAACUGGAGAUCUAGCAAUCAUUCGACAAUUCACUUUCACAUCUGAACUCCAACGACAAUCUGUCCUUGUCGCUUCUCCAUCUGAUGAAACCGGAAAACAAAUGAUUCUCUACUCAAAGGGAUCACCAGAGAUGAUCAUGAGCUUAUGCCAACCACACACCGUUCCAAAAGAUUACCUCACGAUUGUCAACCAUUACUCCCAUUUGGGAUAUCGUUUGAUUGCCGUCGCGAGAAGAGACAUGAAACUCACUUAUGCAAAAGCUCAUCGAAUCAAAAGAGAAGACGCUGAGAAAGAUUUGGUGAUGCUUGGACUGGUUGUGAUGGAGAAUCGAGUGAAGAGUGUGACGCCAACUGUGAUCAGACAAUUGAUUGAUGCCAAUAUUCGUGCUGUAAUGGUCACUGGUGACAAUGUGUUGACCGCGUUGAGUGUUGGAAGAGAAUGCGGAAUUAUUCGAGAAGAUCGAUCCGCGUAUCUCCUUGAACAUCACGAUGAGAAAGAUGAGAAAGGACGAACAAUUCUCACCUAUAAACAUGUAGUUGCGACAAAAGAUGAGGAUUUGGUGCAACGAGUUGUAGUCGGUGAUGAUGGAUUGAGAGAGGUGAUCAACAAUGGAGGACAUUUAUCAAUGACUGGUCACACAUUCCAUAUUCUCCAGAAAGAGCACGCUGAGCUGUUGCCUGAUGUGGCUCAAUGUUGUGAUGUUUUUGCAAGAAUGGCUCCCGAUCAAAAGUCGACUCUUGUCAGUCUUCUACAAGAAUCUGGGGCUAAAGUCAUGUUCACUGGAGAUGGAGCAAAUGAUUGUGCAGCAUUAAAGGCAGCUCAUGCAGGAAUCUCGCUUUCCGAUGCUGAAGCUUCAAUUGCUGCUCCGUUCACUUCCAAGAUUGCUGACAUCCGUUGUGUUCCGACAGUGAUCUGUGAGGGAAGAGCCAGUUUGAUCACAGCUUUCUCGAUGAUCAAGUACAUGGCCGGCUACUCGUUGACUCAAUUCUGUUCCAUUUUCAUCCUCUACCAUUAUGGAACAAAUCUAACGGAUGGAAUGUUCAUGUAUAUCGAUCUCCCAUUAAUCACUUUGGCAGCUUUGCUUUUUGGUUUUGCGCCAGCCUCUUCUUCUCUCUAUCAUCGACCUCCACCAACUCGUAUCUUGUCAAAAGCAAGUUGUAUAGCAGUGCUAGGACAGCUUGUCAUUUGUGCAAUUGGACAGGCCGUCAUCAAUUUCCUUGUCAUCAAUCAACCAUGGUAUGUCCCAUACAAUCCACCAAAAGGAGGUGAAGAAGACGAUAAGAGAGCCAUGGUGGGAACUGCCGUUUUCCUCGUCUCAACCAUUCAAUACAAUGCUUUGGCUUUUGCCUACUCGGCCGGGAAACCCCAUCGUCAACCGAUCAUCCGCAAUCCUUGGCUCUGCUUAGCACUUCUUGGAACAACUUUAUUUUCUAUCUUCUUGGCUCUGACAGACAGUCGUUUUGUGGUUGAACAGAUGGAGUUCAUCUUCCUCCCAUCAUUCUCUUUUCGUCUUCUUUGCAUUUUCAUCGGACUUGUUUGCACCGCGUUUUCAGUCUUCUUCGAGAAAGGAUUUGUUUCAUAUCUUGAAAGAUAUGAACAUGGAGAAACAAGAACCCAAGUCUCUGCUAACGAGGUUUUAACAGAUGUGGAAGCUGGCCGAAAGGGAAUCGACUAUCACUUCAAGAAUGCUCCCACAAAAUCGACCACU